UCUCGAAUUGGAUGUCUCUGGCCGGACUUAUACCACGCCACAUGACAAACCCUUCGACGUCCUCCCUGCAUACUGACGACUUGCCUGUCAACGGUAUUUUUAGCCCAUAAUCAGCUGGCCCGACAAUAACAUCAACGUCUUGAACAGGAUCAGUAACCGAAGACCAACUACAACGGCUAAAAAACGACGCAGUCUUAUCCCGGGCCCGAGAUAUGCUCCUUCCGUCGAUUCUGUCUCUUUGACCAGAAUGUUCGCUCCUCCCAACGCCGGGCUGCCGCCUAGCUAUCAUUCCAUUGCCAACUCCUCUCUGAUGGGGAGUUUCAGCGACGAAGGGUUCGAUACUGCACCCCCGGAGUAUGACUGGGAAAUGGCCAUCGAUGUAGAGAAUAUGAUAGAGGAGGAACAGCCUCCGACGCAGGUGACACGCACUCCCCAGGAUCAACUCUCCGGACCCUCCCGGGAGCCCCCGCGACGCGAUCAUUAUUACCGUGGUAUUAGCGCCGAGAUCAUGGCCGACUUUGACUUUCCCAUGCCGGCACCUAGGGCGACUCCGUCAGAGCCAGAGACGGCGGCUUCGUUUGCCUUGUCUCAGACGCGGCAAAGAGGCUAUCUCCUCCCCACGCCGGCGUCGAUUCUUGCUGACAUUGACAUCGCGCCCUUCUCGCCGCAGAACACGGGUGGCAGUGCCAGCACCGCCGCGAGCACACCACCCAUUCAAUCGCCUGCUUCAAGGCCUAGGUCCGACUCGAGACUGGCCUCGUUGACCUCAAACAACCCGUAUAUGGCUCUCCUUGAGCAGAAGGAACAGGCCAUGACAGUCGCCUUUUUGCGCAGCCAGGACUCAGGUUCCGGGUCGCGUUCUGCUGAUCUCGGAGCUGAUGACUUCAGCUUCGGCCAGAGAUAUCACAAGGCAACAGACACCACAGAUGUCGUAGUUACUCGACAGAGACUUCCCUUCAAUGACCUUGGAGGUUCGAGAGAAUGUCCCAUUUGUGCCGAGACAAGGGGCCCAUCAUCCUUCCCAGUCCUAAGUAUUACGCCCACGUGUACGCACCCACCCGAGGCGUGCUUAGAGUGUCUGCAGAUGUCUAUCAAAUCAGACUUCAACAGCAAGCUGUGGACAGACAUUCGGUGUCCAGAGUGUCGCGAGCUUCUGGAAUACGUCGACAUUCAAAAGUACGCAGAUGAGGAGACCUUUGCCCGGUACGAGGCUCUGGCCCUCCGAGCGGCCAUGGCCGAGGCCGAUAGAUUUAUCUGGUGCACAGCAAACUGCGGCUCCGGUCAGCUCCACGACGUGGACGAAGGUCAGCCCAAGGUGACUUGCUUACACUGCGGCCAGCGCUCUUGCUUCAAUCACAACGUCGUGUGGCACGAAAACCUGUCAUGCGAGGAAUACGAUGCGCUGCUACGAGAUCCCGAGAACUUCCGCUCCCGCAUAGAGAUGGAGUACGAUGAGCUUGACUCGGCAAGACAGGCGCUUGAGGAUGCCGACCGCGCCAUGGCCCAGGGUCUCAUGGCGGAGCAGCAGGCAGAGGUACACGAACGUGAGAGCAGGGAACGCGACGAAAGGGAAAGGGCACGCAGAGCGACAGCCCUGGCCAGGAAAGUUGCUGCCCGGCGCAAAGCGGAAGAAGAACAGAGUCGGAUAACUGUGGACCAAACGACAAAACCGUGUCCUGGAUGUGGUUGGGCCAUUGAGAAGAACUCUGGUUGCUCGCACAUGACAUGCAUCAAGUGCCGCUACGAGUUCUGCUGGGGGUGUUACACUACCUGGGAACAGACGCACAGCGUCCGGUGUCGAGGCAUUGCGCCUCUAGUGUAGUCCGCAGCCAGCCAGAGCGAGACCUUUUCCCGUUGCUAGCGGAGGCAAGGGACCAGAAAGUGUCUUACUUGGAGGGACAAGCCCAAGGUUCGAGACGUCAACAAGAGGUCUGCUGCGAAUUCUAGGCAGAUCUCGAGGGUAUCUUGCUGCUUGAGGACGGCAUACACAGCGGAGACUGCUGCUCCCAUCCCAAACAACCUCUAUGGCUGAACACCAGGGCUGCGAGGGGCUUUCGAUCUUGUAGCAGGACGUGGCGAGAAGAGAUUAAGGUCGUCUGAUGGGGUAUGAUUGUUGAAAUAAGGCGAGCGAAAGGACAGGUUUGAUUGAUACCUCGGAUCUGCACAGCGUGGGGUGAGCAACCAGAAGCAGUUUGAACGUUGUGUUGGCGGACAGGAAAUGAUACCGAGCAGACUAAGUUGUGGUGAC